AUGUGGUACUGUACAUUUGCUAAUGGUGUGUUCACAGCAGUUUGUCCCACAGGAGGGAGGACACAACUCAGCAGAAGAGUGGCACAGCCAACCAGAUGUAAUUCAUUGUUACAAAUUCAGUGCACAGACACAGACAUAACAUGGGAGCAAACCCUUGUGGGUGAGAGCAGUUUCCUAUUCGGCACAACAGGUCCUAUGACAGCCAUCUGUUGUAUUGUGAUCGGCGCAAUUAAUGCAGAUACGGGCGAGGUGAAGCGCAAGGUGGCCUCCUUUCCCUCAUUCCUCAAUAACAAACAUUGA